AUCUGAGUGGCAGCAGCCAGAGAGCGGCAGCCGGGUGUGGUUGUGAGGAUUUGGAAGCCGAGAGCAGUCACUCACACUGUUGGAGAUGUGGAAAUCUGUAGUGGGGCACGAUGUAUCUAUCUCUGUGGAGACCCAGGGAGAUGACUGGGACACUGACCCUGACUUUGUGAAUGACAUCUCUGAGAAGGAACAGCGGUGGGGAGCCAAGACCAUCGAGGGCUCUGGGCGCGCAGAACACAUCAACAUCCACCAGCUGAGGAACAAAGUGUCGGAGGAGCAUGGCGUUCUCAAGAAGAAAGAAAUGGAAUCGGGGCCCAAAGCAUCUCACGGCUACGGAGGCCGGUUUGGAGUAGAAAGAGACCGAAUGGACAAGAGUGCUGUGGGCCAUGAGUAUGUUGCUGAGGUGGGGAAGCACUCUUCUCAAACGGAUGCUGCCAAAGGUUUUGGGGGCAAAUAUGGAGUUGAGAGAGACAGGGCAGACAAGUCAGCGGUUGGCUUUGAUUACAAAGGAGAAGUGGAGAAGCACACAUCUCAGAAAGAUUACUCCCGUGGCUUUGGUGGUGGUUAUGGGGUGGAGACGGAUAAAUGGGACAAGGCAGCCCUGGGAUAUGACUACAAGGGAGAGACGGAGAAACACGAGUCCCAGCGAGAUUAUGCCAAGGGCUUUGGCGGCCAGUAUGGAAUCCAGAAGGACCGAGUAGAUAAGAGUGCACUUGGCUUCAAUGAAAUGGAGGCUCCAACCACAGCUUAUAAGAAGACAACACCCAUCGAGGCUGCUUCCAGUGGUGCCCGUGGACUGAAGGCCAAGUUUGAGUCUAUGGCUGAGGAGAAAAGGAAGCAGGAGGAAGGGGAGAAGGCAAAGCAGCAGGCCAGGCGGCAACAGGAGCGAAAGGCUGUAGUGAAGACGAGCCACACCGUGUCUGCGGAAGAGCCAGUGGUGCCAGCACCAUUGCCCAAGAAAAUCUCCUCAAAGGCCUGGCCUCCAGCAGGAAGUGGCUCACCUCCAGAGCCUGAGCCGGUGAGGACCAGCAGGGACCGCCCUGGGCCCGCUCUGCCUUCGAGGCGUAAUCCUCAGGAGGACAACGAGGAGCCCCCAGCUCUACCCCCCAGGACACUGGAAGGCCUCCGGGUGGAGGAAGAGCCAAUCUAUGAAGCAGAACCUAUGCCCGAGCCCGAGCCCGAGCCUGAGCCUGAGCCUGAACCUGAGCCCGAGAAUGACUAUGAGGAUGCUGAGAACCUAGACAGAUGUGAGCAGGAAGAUGAUGCACUGGGGGACUAUGAGGACCCAGAGAACAUGGACCGAUGUGAACAGGAAGAUGAUGCACUGGGGGACUAUGAGGACCCAGAGAACAUGGACCGAUGUGAGCAGGAAGAUGAUGCACUGGGGGACUAUGAGGACCCAGAGAACAUGGACAGAUGUGCACAGGAAGAUGAUGCACUGGGGGACUAUGAGGACCCAGAGAACAUGGACCGAUGUGAGCAGGAAGAUGAUGCACUGGGGGACUAUGAGGAUGUACUCGAGCCCCAGAAUCCUCCUCUUCCCUCCACCCUGGAUGGAUCAUCAGGCCACCCAGCUGGGGCGAGGGGGACCUCAGCUGUAGCCCUGUAUGAUUACCAAGGAGAGGGAAGUGAUGAGAUUUCCUUUUAUCCGGAUGACAUCAUCACAGAUAUUGAGAUGGUGGACGAGGGCUGGUGGCGGGGACGUUGCCAUGGCUACUUUGGACUCUUCCCUGCGAAUUAUGUCAAGCUCCUCGAGUGAAUGGCUGUCCCCAUUUCUUGGGCUUUGAUGCCCCAUGUCCAAAGUGGCUCCCCCUCCCCAUUCCUGCUUCAAGUAUCUAAGAGGAUGUUGAGUUGCCAGAGGUUCUAGGCAGACUUCCUCCUCCAAGUCCAUGAGAGUCUCAGAGGCAGAGGCAGCAGAAGGAAGGGGGUGUGCUGCCCCUCAGUGCCCUUACUACCCCAGAGAAGCCCCAAGCCUGCUCAUGGACACUUAUCUUGUGAUCUUGCUGCUCCACUGAUGAAUGCUCUCUCUAACCAUCCCAAGCUCUGAGCUCCUUCCUGGCUUUCCUGGUUUACCUAUGGGGGGUGGGGAGGGAGGGUGCAGAGUGGGGGUACCAAGAUGCCCUCAUUUGCCAGGUUGUGUUGUCUGCCCACUUUCCUUUCUUGUGGAGUGAUCUGCAAAUUUCUGUGCCCCAUCCUUAAAGUUGGAAAUAAAUUGGGAAAUAAAUUCAUCCCUAUGUUGA